AUGAACAUGCUUAUCGUGCCAGCGCUGUUCCUGCUCUCUGGUUCACUCUGUGGUGCCUCAGUGGUGGAUCCUGUUCUCACCUUUGACCACCGAGACCCGGUAACCGGAGAAAUCCUCAAAUGUCCCAAGUGUCCACCGGGCACGUUCAUGUCUGCUCAUUGCACUGCCACCACACCCACACAGUGUCAGCCGUGCAAAAAUGGCCACUUCACCGAUCUGUGGAACUACCUGCCCAGGUGUCUGUACUGCAGCAACCUUUGCACAGGUAACCUGGAGGUGGAAACAGAGUGCUCCCCGACAACCAACAGGAUCUGUCGGUGCAAAGAAGGUUUUUACUCGGCUGAUGACUUCUGUAUCAGGCACACAGAGUGUGGCCCCGGAUACGGGGUUCAAACUAAAGGUACACAGCAGACAAACACCGUUUGUGAAAAGUGUCCAGAGGGAUAUUUUUCCAGCUCAUCUUCUGCAGUGGAUUUGUGUGUAAAACAUCAGGAGUGCUCCAGCGGGCAGAGCGUACUCCUCACUGGCUCAGCCUAUUCUGACACCGUGUGUGGCACCUGUGAGAGUCUUGCAAACGGAGGUGAGACUCUCAGGACAUUCCUCUCAGGAUUCUUCCAUGCACACAGGAUGCGUGUAGGAAAAAUCAAGAAGUUUGUUUCCAAAUACAUCCUUACCUCGUCGAAAGAGAGGUGCAGUCUCCCCAAACAGAGAGAGCCUCUCAUGGAUCACAUCAUAGACUGGCUGGCAAAGGCUCCGGAGGAAAAGCUGAGGAAGAUUCCCGACAUGCUAACAGCUUCAGAUCUUAACUCCAUGGCAGAAAAACUAAAGAAGAGACUCCAUGAGAUUAAGCAGCAGAACCCAAACUGCAGCUUAACAAUAGAUGAAGUAAACAAUGCUCUCUAGUCUGCAGUCCGUUACACAUUUAUAAAAACUGUAUACCUGUUUUACAAAGUUAUGUGAUAAAGCAGAAUGUUCUUUGUAUCGUUUGUCAUUUUAUAAGUAUAUAUGUACUCUAUAAACUUGAGUUUCCAUUGCUAAAGCUACUGUUUGUAUAUGCUGUACUUAACUUCAGAUGGUAUAGUUUCUGGGAAUCAGAGAUUUGGUGGUGGAAAGAGGAAGUUCAGGAAAGUAUUUGAAGGAAGAGGUUUGCAAAGAUUAAGAUUAUGAAAGCAGACAGGAAUACUGAGAGACUACGCAUGAAGGAGAAGAGGACUGGAGAGAUUGGGCUGGAAAUGAUUUGCAGCAGGUUUUGACGGUUAAGGAUAAAUAUAUGAUAAGAAGUGAAGAGUGUGUUGCAAAUGAGAGAGAACAGAUGAAAUAAAGACAGUGAUUUAGGAAGUGCAAGUAAAGAGGAAGUAUGGGCAGCUAUGAA